AUGAGCCAUUUGAAGAAGAUAUAUAUACUAAAGCGUGAAAGAGAAGAGGCCAUGUUCAGCUCUCCGAAGACUCCGUCGAAGAAGAUUCCAUAUAAAGAUAUGCUUGUGCCGUCAGUGCCUUUUGCAGCAGAUUCUCGGGAUUCCUCUCUAAUUAAUGAGGGUCCUACCCUCAGCGAUGUAUUUAUGUGCACAGACAAUAUGAUGUCAGGUGCAGAUAAGGAGAAUAUGUGCAAUUUUGUUUGCAAGACUGGAGAGGGGGCAUUUUACGAAGUGUUUGUGAACAAGAAGGAUGGUGGAAGGGAGGUGAACCAUCUACUCGAGGAACCAGUGAUGCUUUACAAAAGCAGGAAGCUUUGUGUCUACGAUGCUGAUUACACGGUCGUUAAGAAGAGCAAAAAAAGGAUUUCUGGGGAGCUUGAUCGGAAGAGUAGGAUGAGAGAAAUAGAAAUGCUUAAAAGAGUGGAUUCGGACUAUGUUGUUAAAUAUCAUGACUUUUGGGAAAACCGUGGAUACUUGUUUAUAGAGUUAGAAUAUUGCAACAUCGGAACACUACGGGACUACAUUCAUGAGGUGUACUUUCUGAAGAAGUCCAAGUUUUCUCUCGAGAUAACAAGAAAGAUGAUGUAUGAACUAGCAAGUGGGCUCGAUGCGAUCCACUCAUGCAACAUUGUCCAUCUAGAUCUAAAACCAGAGAAUAUUCUUAUGAAAAGUGUCAUCUCGAAGGAGAAAUGCUCUGGUAGGUGCCAGUGCAUGUUUCCAACUGAUCCCGAGUCGUUUGUGUUCAAGAUCUCUGACUUCAACAUAAGCAGAUAUGAGGGGGAGGACAUAGAUGAGGAUGGAGACAAGCGGUACAUGGCGCCAGAGGUUCUCAGGGAUGUAUGCACAAAGGCCAGCGACAUAUACAGCCUUGGGCUGAUAUACUUGGAAAUUAUCUCAGAGAUCAUCCUUCCAAAGAGUGGAGACAACUGGAUGAGGCUGAGAAGAAACGACUUCAGAGGAGUCAAACUCGAUCGUGUAUGUAAGUUAAUGCUUGAUAUGAAUUAUAAGAAAAGGCUUAAUGCUAAGGAGAUCAUUGAUAUAUUUACUUAG